AUGUGUUUCAUUAUUGGUACAUCCCUGCGAAGCAAUGCAACAACCAUUUUUCCACAUUAUGAUCAUAACGAAGAGGAAUAUGAAUACUCUCAACAAGGUUCGGAUGGUCGUCCAUUAAAAAUUCAAUGGCAGAAACCGCAUGAAACAAAUGAAAUAGAUACGUGGAGGAAUACGCUGGGACGAAAUUUUGAAUCGGCAUUAAAAUAUCGUGAUAAUAAAAAGUAUCGUAGUUUACCCCCACCAACCAAGAAACCUGUGGACCCAAGGAGAUUUGGAAUGGUUGAUCCUUUCAAGUAUGCUAGUUAUAUAGAUGAUGAAGGUUGGAAUCCUAUAGUUUACUUUGCUCAAGAGUUACAAAAAGAAGAAGAAAUAAAGAGGCAAAAGAGCGGUCAUAGUAACUCAACGAAUGAAGCUGAGGAAUUGGUUAACAUGAUUGUUAAAGGAAAUCUUUCACGAUCCGGUCGAGAAAGUAAACGACGUGAUAGUGGGGUAUCCCAUGUUGAUAGUAACAGGAAAGGCUCGAUUUCUUCGACUUCAACGGUUACAAGCACUAAACCUCCCAUUCCUAAAAAAUCGUCAAAUAGGAUUCAAGAUAAGAGAGAUUCCAAGAAUUGUCCGACAUGUAAAGGAAUGGUUGCCGAAGGGGGUUAUUACACUCAAUGGUGUCAACCUUGUGAGAAUCGAAAAUUCGAAGAUUUAUUUGAACAUUGGUCAAGUGGGAAUGAUGUCAUAGAUUGUUUCAUUUUAGAAAGUCAGUUAAACGCCAAAAGUCGGUUUGAUUAUUUAGAAUGGAUCCCUUUUGAUCGGUUUAAAGACGUUCAAUUAAUAGGCUUGGGUGGUUUUGGCAGCGUUUAUCAUGCAAUUUGGUUGGACGGUCCAAGGGAAAAAUUGGAUAAAAAGACUGGGCAGUACGUACGUUGUGGUGAAUGGAGGAUUGCUUUAAAGUGUUUUGAUAACUCGGAACACAUCACACCGGAUUUCUUUGAAGAGCAAUUUUCAGAAGCCGAACGACGUAGGUUAGCAUCUAUUAACGAGGGAAUCGGAACAUCAAAUACACCUGAUCAACUUGAAUCACCAAUCCACACCCCUAUUCAAUCACCAAUUUCAUCCGGGUUUAAUAUUGAUAAAAAUGAACAUUUUGAAGAGUCAUAUACAAGUCGUUUCUUAAGAUUUGAAAGCUUGCAAGAACCAACAAUAAUAUUUACCAGGACGAAUGAUCCAAGAGAACAUUUGGCGGUACAAAAAUACAUGGCCGAAGAAACCAGAUCUUAUAAUAUUAAAUAUGAAAUGAUGCAAAUUGAGAGUUCCGAAAUAGUCUCCGAAGUUUAUGAGAUUUUGCAGUACUGGUGA